AUGUCCUCGCAACAAGCAUCCUCCUCAUCGCCCAAGCGCAAAGUCGGCAUCCUCGGUGCCACCGGUACCGUCGGGCAGCGCUUCAUUCUCCUCCUGACUGCCCAUCCUGACUUUGAGAUUCACGCACUGGGCGCUUCCUCCUCGUCGGCAGGCAAGAGCUACGCCAAGGCUGUAGCCGGUCGAUGGAAGCAGGCCAAGGCCGUCCCAGCCAAUGUUCGUGACUUAAUCGUUCAGGAAUGCACAGUACCCAACUUCAAGGACUGCGACGUCGUCUUCAGCGGCCUGGACAGUGGGCCUGCAGGUCCCGUCGAGUCGUCGUUCAGAGAGGCCGACUUGCGAGUCUUCUCCAACGCAAAGAACUAUCGUAUGGACCCCGUGUGCCCGCUCGUCGUACCGCUCGUCAACCCAGGGCACUUCGACAUUAUCCCUCACCAGCGCGCCACGCUCAGCCCCUCGCCGAAAAAGGGAUUCAUCAUUACAAACGCCAACUGCUCCACGACGGGCAUCGUCGUUCCGCUCAAGGCGCUGCAGGACGCCUUUGGGCCCCUGGACAAGAUCAUGGUAUCUACGAUGCAGGCCAUUUCUGGUGCCGGAUAUCCCGGGCUUUCCAGCUUCGACAUCCAUGACAACGUUGUGCCCUACAUCUCGGGCGAGGAGGAGAAGAUUGAAUCAGAGACGGCCAAGAUCCUCGGCGAUCUCAGCAAGGACAACAACUCCUUCGUCAACGCUCCCGUUACCGUCUCAGCCCAUUGCAACCGCGUACCCGUAAUCGAUGGCCACACAGAAUGUGUCUCACUCUCCUUCCAACGCCGCCCUCCACCCUCCAUCGAGCAGGUUCAAGCAGCUCUCCGCAACUACGUCUGCGAUGCUCAGAAGCUCGGCUGCCACUCUGCCCCUGCACAGACGAUUGAGGUGCACGACGAGCCCGACAGGCCGCAGCCUCGUCUGGACAGGGAUUGGCAGAAUGGUGCCGGCGUCAAUGUGGGGAGGGUGAGGGACUGCAAGAUCUUCGAUGUCAGGUUUGUGGUGUUGAGCAACAAUGUGCAGAUCGGGGCCGCUACGAGCAGCGUCAUGAAUGCGGAGAUUGCCCUGAAGAAGGGCUAUCUUGACUAA